AUGACCAUGGACGACCAGGGCACCAGUGGGCAGGCAGUGUACCCCGAGAUGGAGGCUGAAGACACGCGACUCACCACCUUCCAUAACUGGCCCACGGAGGCAUCAGUGCAGCCAGAUAUCCUGGCAAGAGCAGGAUUUUUCUUCACAGGGCAUGGGGACAAUGUCAAGUGUUUCUUCUGCGAUGGUGGGCUGAGAAACUGGGAGCCCGGAGAUGACCCUUGGCAGGAGCAUGCCAAAUGGUUUCCAAGGUGUGAGUUUUUGAUCCAGUCCAGAGGGCAGGGCUAUAUCAGUAACAUCCAGGAGGCCCACUUCCACCUUGGGGAAACUGUGAGCGGAUCUCAAACUCCAUCCACCCGAGACUUUGGCUCCAGGAAUGAUGUGGUCGGUGGACUGGGAGCCUCCUCCAUUAUGCUGUCUCCUGUGGUACAGACAGUUCUUCAGAUGGGAUUCGAGGCCAACCUUGUGGAAAGUCUGGUUAAAACAAAGUACCUCCUGACUGGACAGUUCUAUACUUCAGUGUCUGAUUUAGUCACGGAUGUGCUUCAGGCAGAAGAAGAGGACAGGCAGAGGGGACCCACCAGCAGAGAGCCAGAGGUGAGACAAGGUACGAGUUCUGCAAGUACAAGACCUCCAACAGCCUUCAAAGAGAGAGUGAAGGAGCCCAGCCCUGAGGAGCUCCUGAAGCAGCUGCAGGAGGAGCGCACCUGUAAGGUGUGCAUGGACAAACUGGUGUCCAUCGUGUUCAUCCCGUGUGGUCACCUGGUGGUGUGUGCAGACUGCGCCUCCAGCCUGCGGCACUGUCCCAUCUGCAGAGCUGUGAUCAGAGGCAGUGUGCGUGCUUUCAUGUCCUGA